GGCACGACACGCAAACACGCACGGAAGAGUAAAGCGGCCCCCACAUCCCCUCGCGGCGCAAACCAAACCACGUGCACCGCCGCCGUCGACAUCGCGGGGUGGAGGAGAGGGCGGCGGGGCAGUUUUGUUUUGGGGGGAGGCCGAUGCGAUGCCACUGCGGCGCAAGGUGAGGGGGCCCGCGGGGCGGCGGGCGGCGGCGCCGCUUCGGUGGUGGCUGCUCUCCCUCGCCGCGGCCGGCGCCACCGUCACCGCCGCCGCCGCGCUGCUGGCCGUCGCCCUCCACGUCUCCUCCCCCGUCUCCGGCCCCGCUUCCUAUGGCGUGCCCUACCGCCUCUCCAAGCAGCCGCGGGAGGCCGGGGAGCUGCGGUGGGAGCAGGAGUUCGCGCCGCCGCAACUCGCUUCGCCGCAGUCGCGAAAGCUGGACGGCGCGGCCGAGGAGACGGCGGAGAAGAGGUGGUGGCUGCCGGCGCCAUCUCGCGGGUUCGCCCCCUGCGUCGCGACGUCGCCGGAGUACAAGAGUCCUGGGCCAUCGAGGGGGUACCUGCUGGUGCACACGAACGGCGGGCUCAACCAGAUGCGCGCUGGGAUCAGUGAUAUGGUAGCAGUUGCACGUAUGCUCAAUGCUACUCUCAUAAUUCCAGAGCUUGAUAAGAAAUCAUUUUGGCAUGACAAAAGCAACUUCUCAGAUGUCUUUGAUGAGGAAUAUUUUAUUCAUUCUUUGGUAAAUGAUGUGAAAGUUGAGAAGAAAUUGCCCAAGGAAUUGGUGAAAGCUCCAAAGUUUGUUAGAUACUUCAAGAGCUGGUCUGGAAUAGAUUAUUACCAGGAUGAGAUUUAUCCACUGUGGGAACACCGUCAGGUUAUUCGUGUUGCUAAAUCAGAUUCUCGCCUUGCAAACAACUACCUUCCUCCUGAUAUUCAGAAGCUUCGCUGCCGAGCCUUUUUCCAGUCCCUAAGAUUUGCUCCUCCAAUUGAAGCUUUAGGCAAUCUGUUGGUGGAGAGGAUGAGAUCGUUUGGACCAUACAUUGCUUUGCAUUUACGUUAUGAGAAAGAUAUGCUUGCUUUUAGUGGGUGCACACAUGGUCUGUCACAGACCGAAUCAGAGGAACUUGCAAUGAUCAGAGAAAACACAAGUUACUGGAAAGUAAAAGAUAUUGAUCCAUUGGAACAAAGAUCCCACGGUUAUUGUCCCUUGACACCAAAGGAAGUUGGUAUGUUUCUUUCCGCCCUUGGAUAUCCAUCGAGCACUCCAGUUUACAUAGCGGCAGGGGAAAUAUAUGGUGGUGAAUCUCAUAUGGUUGAUUUGCUGUCACGCUUUCCAAUUAUAAUGAACAAGGAAAAACUUGCCUCAGCUGAAGAACUGCGACCAUUCAGGCAAUAUGCUUCUCAAAUGGCAGCUCUGGACUACAUUGUUUCAGUGGAGAGUGAUGUAUUCAUUCCGUCAUAUUCGGGGAACAUGGCACGGGCCGUCGGUGGUCAUCGACGAUUUCUCGGCCACAGGAAAACCAUAAUUCCUGAUAGGAAAGCAUUAGUUCGCUUGUUUGAUAAAGUUGACGGUGGAUUACUGAACGAAGGGGAGAGACUAUCGCAAAGGAUACUAGACAUCCACCGGAAAAGACAAGGAUCUCCGAGGAAAAGAAAAGGUCCUGUACCAGGAACAAAAGGCAGCGAUAGGUUUCGGUCGGAAGAGGCAUUUUAUGAGAACCCUCUUCCCGACUGCCUGUGCCAACCGAAGUCCCCCGCCGGCGAUGCUUCUUUGGUUAGCAUCUAGCCAGGGAGACGGUCAUCCUUAACACCGUGAAUCACCACUCCCAAGUAUAUAAACCAACUCACAAACAGAGAGGAAGAUUCUUAUACUGAAAAUCUCCACGGCAUCAACAUUCUUACAGAGGUUUUGCUUACACGCUCCAACGACUCGUCGGUGCAUCGUAGUCUACAGCAGGGGAAGCUGCCAAUCAUCAAAGAUGGCAGCAUGACCAUGUUCGGAAGAGGUGAAGGGAGAAGGACUGGGCAAUAGCUAUAUAGAGCUUUUCUAUGUAGUUACAUCUGUACAGGACCUCACAUUAGUUAUAGUUUUAACUUGGUAAUCAAGCACCAUUUGUAAGUAGACGGGUGCUAACGAAGAGGAAUAAUUGAAGCGGCUCAUAUUUACCACGAGUGUAGUUUCUCUAGCAAUUCUUUCUUUCGUGGCAUCAAUCUGCACU